AGAAAUUACUGCUCUACAACAUACGAGGAAGGAUAAAAAAAAUUGCGGCGACAGAGUCCAGCCUCUGAUGAAAUUAGUCAAGUGUAAUGCUUAGUGUUGACUAAAGGCAAGAUGUUAAAGCGAGUGAAAAGACGAAUGAGCAAACAACAUAGCUUCGAGAAGCCUGAAGAUUUAGUUAAUUCGGGAAAGAAGGACACUUCUUCCGAGGUAGAGGCCUUCCAGCAAGUUAUUGCUGAGCUAAGAGCAGAAGUGAGAUCAUUGAGUGAGCAACUGGAACAAGAAAAGAAAGCUGCGAGCGAUGCAAAGAGUUUGAAAACAAAACAAAUAAGCACUCUGACCUCUAAACUAGCGAACGCGGUGAGACAACGAGAACAAGCCGAAGAGGAACUGGCCAAGGUGAACAAGGAAUUGGAGGAGCUUAAAGAAGAACUGCGGAAACCACAGGCAGAAGAAAGAGAAGCUAAAGAAAGCGAAGAUGACACUGAAAACCACAAAAAGGAAGAUGAGAGUUCUAAGCAUCAGUGUGUAGAAGAAACAGACGAAGCUGUAAACACACAGGAAUAUAUUAAGGCUAAUGACAACAACAUUGCUUUUUCUUGCCUUGAAAAUGAUGGCACUAAUCCAGUAGACGAAUUAAAAGAUAACGGGAUCUUGUCUCCUCAGUUGGAAAACAACUGUGAUCUGCUAUCUACCGUGAACAGCUUAGACGAAAAUUCACCGACAGAUGAAUUAUCACAAAGCGCCACACAUACUGAACUUUCACUGAGUUUAUCUUCGGCGUUAAGUGACCAUUCAUUCAAAGAUAAAAACGAAGAUCUGUUCCUUCUUGAAGUUUCACAGAGUUCGUCGUCAGAAAUUUAUGAUUCGAAUCAUAUUGACCAUUCUUUUGAAAGCCACGAGGAAAACCCUGAAGACAAGGGAGCAACCACAGAAGAAUUCGUGCAGAUUGAAAAGGAUCUUUGCGAAGAACAAGAAAACAUGUUCCACGAUCUGGGAGAAGAUGUGAAAAGUGUCACUGAGGAGCGACAAAAGAUAUUAGAAGUCGCUAAUCCUUCUUCAGCGCGUAAAAAUAGACGAAUUUGCGCAGAAAACAGCGAAGAAGACCAAGAAUCGUCCCCACCCUCCUCCCCCGAGGAAAUUUCCUCUGGUUUCACUUCAAACAGCACAGACGAAAAGCUUGUAAACUUACUGAUUUGUCAUGAGAUGGGAGAUGAACAUGGGGCCGCAAUGUUCCCUGGGAACGAAGACAAAGAGCAAGACACGCAUCCAAAAAGUUUCUUAAAUGAGUAUGAGAGGGAUGACGUCACAAGAAAAACUACAAAAGUCGAAGAACAUAGAGCACUGGAGAAUUUAAUCACGAGAGAGGAAGCUGCAGAAUCAAUUCUAAACACAAAUUGCAAGGCUUUAGAAGACAGGUACUUCAGUUUUAAAACUACUGGUACAGUAAACGAAGAAGAAAAUGGCGAUAGACAAAGUAGCGAGCUGCAGAACGAUUUCCUACCUCACACGAUGAGCGAGGAAUUCUGGGAUUUGAAGCAACAACUAAAGAACGCUUUGAAGGAGAUGGAAGAACUGCGACUUGAAAACAAAGAGAUGAAGAAGGAAAUACGAAACCUGUCAUCCUCUGCCACAGAAGAAGAAUUCCUUCUAAAAACGACAAAAUUUACUGAUCGACUUUUGAAAGAGAUGAAAGAUCGAGAUGCAAGGAUGUAUGUCCCACGAGGAGUAUCCUAUUUAGAGAAAUAUGGAUUGGAUAGGGACUACAGCAAUCCAGGAUCCACGGAUCUGAGUCACAUGCGAUCUACUGAAGAUAGGAAUCGAUCUGUGGGAAAAAAGACGUCUCUACCGUUGAAAAUUAUUGGCGCGAAACUAAAAGAACUCACAAGAUCAGUGGAAAACAUGGCUACAGAUCCUGAAUUAUGCCAAGAAAACUUUUCAGACGUGUGCAUGCCAGAUUUUAUGGGUUAUAAACAGCGUUAUCCAGGCUUAAACGAUGAUUUUGAAGUGGAGGAGUCAUUGAUAAUGCCAGUACCAUGUUCUGAAACAAUUUCUCAAAGUACAGCUUUUCCACAGGAAAAUCCGAGAGAGAAACUACAACGUGGGGGUUACACGUCCGUGGAAAAACUCGGAGAAAAAAGUUUCCUUGCUUCUUCAAAAGUUCAGCCGCAAUUCUCAGAGGAAGCUUGCGCAUGGAAAGAGAACAAUCUUCAACUUACCGAUCGUGAGACAGAAGAACGAAGCAAUUACCACAGCCCACGUGACAAAUGGAGACUUCACAACGAUACUCGAGAUUAUGUCCAGCGGUAUGUCGUUCGUUCGUCUGAUCAUAUCGCUAAAAUGCGAGACUUGACGCCGGAGGAAAAGGCGUUUUAUUCCAAUUAGGUUAAGCAGGAGCCUUUACACUGGUUUUGUCUCUUUUUACCAGCUAAACAGUUCACUCAUAUUCAUGUGCUCAGAGCGUUUUGUUCCGUAGUCAGUUGAAUGAACAGCAGUCGAUUCCAUUCUGCUCUUGUAACGAGUGGUGCUCAUUUUGUCCUAUCAGUGAUUUAGUGAUUUAAGUAUCUAGCUGUGGAACAGAAGACGGGUGCUUCCUGAUUGCUUAACAGCUAGAUACGGGUUUAGACGACGUUUUCACCUGUAAGAAUAUAAACGGCUGCCAAACAUAUCAGUUUUGACAGUGUAUGUAGCGAUAAAACAAUUUUGGACGAUUGUAACACAGUACAUUAAAGUGAGUUUCAGGGACCCAAAGGGCUUAGGACUUUUAAAAGGUUUCAGGCUUGAAAAGCGUACCAUCUUGAGGCGCACUAUUUUGGGGCCCAAAGGGGUCUCUGGGGCCCUAAUUCUCAGGUGAAGUUUAAGUA